UCUGCUACUAAAAUUCUUUCAUUUCCCAAAAAAGUCCAACAAAUUGAUUCAAAAAAAUUUAUUUAUUUAUUUAUUUAUUUAUUACACUUUCAAACCCCAUAAAACCCUCAAUAUUAGACCCCCAAAAAAACAUAAAAGAGUCAAAAACAACUCACUCAUAUUUUCCUAACUUCCUCAACUUCUCUUUUUUUAUCUCUUUUUGUUUCACUUCAAAUGAGAACAAUAAUGUCUAAGAACCAACAUGAGUCCUUCUCAUUUUCAAGAAGGUACUUCAAUUUCAAGAAAAAAGUUGAAGAUGAAGAGUAUGAUGAUGAAGUUUACUUGAACAAUUUCCACUCUUCCUCGCUUAGAGGUAGCGAGGAAGAGUAUUUUGGGAUGCAUUCGCUGUCUGGUACAGCGAAUGCAUCCACAGUAAGCAAGAAACUGUCGCGUUCAACAGUUUCUAAGCUUCGUUCGGCUCUUACUUUUGGUAAGAGCCGAACACAAAUAGGGCUUGGUACUAAAGUUAUUGGUACUUUAUUUGGUUAUAGAAGAGGACAUGUUCAUUUUGCAUUUCAAGAAGAUCCAAAGUUAGGCCCAGCAUUCUUUGUAGAAAUGGCCACUCCUACAAGUCAUUUAGUUAGAGAAAUGGCUUCAGGAUUGGUUAGAAUUGCAUUAGAAUCAGAUAAGAGGACAGGUAAAAAAGGGGUAAAAUUGCUAGAAGAGCCAAAUUGGAGGACAUAUUGUAAUGGUAGAAAAUGUGGCUAUGCAAUGAAAAGAGAAUGUGGGCCUGAUGAAUGGAAGAUUUUGAACUCAAUUGGGCCUGUUUCAAUGGGUGCUGGAGUUUUACCAAGUGAUGGUGAUGGAAUUGGGUUAGAAGGUGAAUUAAUGUACAUGAGGGCUAAAUUUGAAAGAGUUGUUGGAUCAAAAGAUUCUGAGGCCUUCUACAUGAUGAAUCCUGAUGGUCAUGGUGGUCCUGAACUUAGCCUUUACUUGCUUAGGGUUUAAACCGUGGCGUCCUGGUCAACUUGUGCUCUCUCGACUAUUUCACUGAGUACCUGUUAUGUUCGGGUUGAAGUAUAUGAUCAUAAGUUCUUAUGAAGACAUAAGAAGUUAGUUUUUUUAUGAUUAGGGUUUAAACCAUGACGUUCUGGUCAACUUGUGUUCUCUCGACUAUUUUACUGAGUACCUGUUAUGUUCGGGUUUGAAGUAUGUGAUCAUAAGUUCUUAUGAAGACAUAAGAAGUUAGUUUUUUUUUAUGAUGUAUUUUUGGUUUGUUUUAAUGUACUAUGAGGGUAUGAGGGAAACAAAUUAAAGAUAUGGAGGAGGGUGGGGGUGUGAACUAUAUAUGUAUAUAGAUUAUGUUUUUCUAGUUUUGUUGAAGUGAAAGAUUAUGAAGUAAACUUUGGUACUCUCUUUUUACUAUAAGAGUUUUA